AGCUCAGUGUGAGUUUGGCGAGGGACGUGCUUAGACCGCCGCUGUCAGGAGAGUUUCUCUCUUACCCGCCCUCCGUCCCUCCCUCUCUCCCUCCUUGUCUGUCUGUAUGUCUGUGCGUGUGUCAGUGCUCCUCGAGGACUAACGCAAGACCCAGAGACGGCGAUAUAUCCCCGUGGUUUUUUAAAGAAGGUAGAUUAAAUUCAGAAACGUUAUUUUUUGGGGUUCUUGCUACUGCUACAGGUGUUCUUGCCGCUGCUUUAAUCACUCUGAUUUGUUUUUUGUUACUGCUGCUGCUGCUGUUAUUGUUACUUGUGGUGGUGGUGGUGGCGGUGCAGCGUCUGUCCGUGUUGUUGUUUGUGUGUCAACGAUCGUGCGUCGUGGAUGAGGAUUAGUCGUGAAUAAACAGACUGCACCUCACCACCACAAUGGGUUGGACCACCAGCCUCCUCCUCCUGUCCUUAUUAGGACUCUCCGCGUGCCAGCAGCGGUCACUCAGGAACACCGGGAACGGAAGACAACGCCUGCAGUCCGGUAAGCCCGCCGAGGUAGCUGACUUCAAUUGCCCGCAGGACUUUGGCUACUACCCCCACCCGACCGACUGCACCCAGUACUAUGUGUGCGUGUUCGGCGGCGCCCUUCAGGAAUCCUGCACUGGUGGCCUCGUCUACAGCCACGAGUUGGAGACGUGUGACUGGCCGCGCAAUGUGGACUGCCAACCUGGAGCAACUGGCGGUGGCGUCUCUACCAUCAUCGUGACCGACCCCCGCACCCGCUCCUCCAACACCCGCCCCAUCAGCCCCGUUACCGAGUCCCUCACCCCCUCCGUCGGUUUUGACAAGUUCGACCACAGCUUCAGCUCCACCAAGAACCAUCGCACCACCCAGACUCUGAACGGACCAGACAGAAGCGGCAACGAGAGGGCGCUUUUCAGGAACCCCUCCUCCAAGUCACAGUUCCUCUCCUCCCACUUCUCUUCCUCUUCCUUCUUCAACGCACCCGGCACAUCUGGAAGCACCAACAGGCGACCCACCAAGUCAACCUCCUUCACCCCAUCGCCUGUGGUGGUCAGUCACGGCCCCUCAUCUCCCGCCCGCAUCCCCUCAGCAGUGGACCAGACCUACUUCACUGACUUCAACUACACCGACCCCGACUACUACUUCUACUACGAUGACCUCCUCUAUGACUACUAUGACGUGCCCGCUGCUGCCCCCACCCAGGCCCCUGUUCGCCGUCCCGCCCCCACCCAGCCACCAAUCAGAGAGGAGAUCUUCAGUGAGAGGGAGAUCAUCCCCCACCUCCCUCCUCCUCCACCUCCUCCUCCCUCCACAACCACCACUACUACCACCACCACUCCCCGAACCACCACCACCACUACCACCACUACCACCACCACUACUCCUGCUCCCACCACCACCACCACCUCCUCCGUGCCUAAAUUGAGGCCAAUCCCUGUCAGAACUCGCGUGGCUCCAUCCACUUCCUCCAAGUCCUUCGGAAGGUCAGGAUCCACCUCCAGGGGGCGAACAAGCUCUUCUCGCGCCACUACCUCUCCCUCUCAGUCCUUCAAAGCUGCCCCCGCUGCCACUCGUCUGCGGUCGCCUACUUCUUCCCCCAAUACAGCAAGGGACGCAAUAGCCCAGUUGUUCGACUUUAGCCUCCCUGACUUUGAUCCCUCAAGUCCCAUCUCGUCCUUCCCCUUCUCCAGCCUCCAACCAUCCUCCUUUAAUCAAAACCCUGCCCAAUCCCCAUCCCGCCCCGCCUCCCGCCCCGCCCCCCAGACCCGCCCCCAGCCCGCCAGAGCCCAAGCCAAAAAGCCACGACUCAGAGUCCCAACACAGGAAAGGACACCCCCACAGGCUAUUUCACACCAGACCAGACCCUCCUCCUCCCUCUCAGCCCUUAAGAGACCCACUCCCUCCCAGUUCCCCUCCUUCCCCUCUUCCUCCUCCUCUUCAUCCGGUUCUCAUUCUCCUAGUACUGCUCAGAGGAUUCCUUCGAUUCCCUCGAUUCCCUCAAGGUCAUCCAGCAGCAGCAGCACUCGCUCCUCCUCCUCCUCCUCCUCCAGCACCCGGUCCCAGCCCACUGCCUCUGGACCUCCCGCAGUCGACAACUCCCAGCCUAAGAGAAGUAGACGUCCUACCCUCAAGCCGGUCUCUGUUCUUGCGCCUUCUGCCCCUACCGCCUCCAUCGAUAUUUGGCGAUAUCCCCCGAGGAGACCAACCCCCACUCGCUCCCACCCGACUCCUGACACCAAGGCUACUAAGUGCGACCCCAAAGAGUGCCGUCUCCCCGACUGCUAUUGCGGCGGCAGCGACAUUCCUGCCGACCUCUCACCCGUGGAGGUCCCCCAGCUAGUCCUCCUUACAUUUGACGACGCCGUAAACGACCUCAAUAAGGGCCUGUAUAACGACCUCUUCAACGUGGGCCGCAAGAACCCCAACGGCUGCCCCAUCGCCUCUACCAUGUAUGUGAGCCACGAGUGGACAGACUAUUCCCAAGUGCAAGAUCUCUACGCCGAGGGCCACGAGAUUGCCUCCCACUCCGUCUCGCAUAGUUUCGGUGAGCAGUUCUCCACCAGCAAAUGGGCCAAGGAGAUCGCAGGCCAGAGGGAGAUCCUGUCAGCCUACGGAGGUGUCAAGAUGGAGGACGUGAGGGGCAUGAGAGCUCCCUUCCUUGCUGUUGGCGGCAACAAGAUGUACCGCAUGUUGUACGAGCAGAACUUCACCUACGACUCCUCCAUGCCCGUGUACGAGAACAACCCGCCAAGCUGGCCCUACACCCUCGACUACAGGCUCUUCCAUGACUGCAUGAUCCCGCCCUGCCCCACCAACUCCUUCCCCGGUCUGUGGCAAGUACCUAUGGUGAUGUGGCAGGACCUGAAGGGCGGCCGCUGCUCCAUGGGCGACGCUUGCACCACCCCACCCGACGCUGAGGGAGUCUACAAGAUGCUCAUCAAGAACUUCGAGCGACACUACACCACGAACAGAGCUCCCUUCGGCCUAUUCUACCACGCUGCCUGGUUCACCACACCGCACCACAAGGAGGGCUUCAUCGCCUUCCUGGACACCAUCACCGCCAUGGACGACGUGUGGCUCGUCACUAACUGGCAGACCCUGCAGUGGAUGAGGGACCCCCAGCCCCUCUCCAGGGUGAAGAACUUCGGCCCCUUCCAGUGCAACUACUCGGACCGCCCGAAGUGCACCAGCAAGAAGGUGUGCAACGUGUGGCACAAGGGCGGCGUGCGAUACAUGAGGACGUGUCAGAAGUGCCCGGAUGAGUACCCCUGGACGGGCAACACUGGCGUCAAGAGUCCACUCAAUGACCUCCCCUAAGACUGUACUUCCUCUCCCUCCCGCUCCUCCCUCAUCCCUUUACCCUAACCCUGUCCUCACCACCACCACCAGCACCACCAUCCCCACCACCACAUACCCUAUUAUUAUCUAUCCUAUAUAUCCUUCCCGUUCCUUAAUCCUCAACCAUCCCUAUCCUUUUUACUCCAUGCCCUCCUGCCCUCCCAUUCCCACCAUCUCCCUCCCUCCCCCAUAAGACUGUGAUGUGAUGUAAUCUUGUGUUUGUUUCGUAAAAAGAAGUAGAAGUGAAUAAAUAAAAGGAAGAUUUCACGCAAACCUCGUUGAAGGAUGAUGAUGAUGAUGAUGAUGAUUAUUGAUGAUGAUGGUGACAACAAUAAAAAAGAAAUCUUCGUCACUGUUUGCUACAUUGGAACUUUUUUUUGUAUCAUACCACGUUUUCUUCAUAAAUUAUCGUGUGUUUUGUUACUCGUACAGACGAAGUGUUUAGAAAAUGUGUGUAAUGGAUUAUUGUUACAUUUUUUUAGGGGACAAAUUGACAAAAGAAGAUGAAAUUAAGUGUACUGUGUGUGUGUGUGUGUGUGUGUGUGUGUGUGUGUGUGUGUGUGUGUGUGUGUGUGUGUGUGUGUGUGUGUGUGUUUAUGUGUGUGUAUCUGUGUGCCUCCUUCCCACAAACAAAACGGACCACGUACAACAAACAAUAAUUAGACCAAACCAGGUCAUCAGCCUUCACUCAAACAACAGACCAACUAAAAGAGAAACACAAAAUAAACAAUGAACCAAACUAUCUCAGGUGUCUUUUAGGCCAAGAAGGAAAGAAAGAGAGAAAUAGAGAAAAAAAAAAGAGGAACACAUCCACUUUUAAUUCAAUUCGCAGUUAUGAGGACAAAAGACCAAACUGAGACCACAGCAUCCAACAUCCAUUCUCGUGAUAACACACAGAAGCAAUACAAAGACACCUGCUUAAUUAAGACUAAUCAGCAGCAGUGGUCAGUAUACAGGAAUGCACACACUAUUCCCUAACUAUCUAGCUUAAUCUUCGAGAGAUCUUAAGUACUUCCUUUAUGUAUCCCGGUAGCGAAAUGGUAGAAGCUUACUCAUAAGAAUAAUACAAGUUACCAUAAUACAAGAUGACUGGUAUUUUACGGGCUGCCUUGUGGGACACUCGCACACGCAUACAAGUCCUCAACAUGUCGUGGUUAAGAAUUUUCUUUAUACUCAUGCCCACAAUUUAAAAAAAAAUCAUUGUAGAUAUGUAAAUAGUUUCCUCCUUUUCUAUUAUGUCUUCUCUCUCAUGUGACUCUUUUGUUAUGGUCCUAAAUUACUUAAUGAAUUACUAAUCCUCCUCCUUCUUCCUCUCCUCUGUUUUGCCAUUUUUCUUUGCUACAGUUUCGUAAAUUAAAUGUGAUUUUUCUCUUAAUUUCCUAUUUAAGAGCAUUUUCAAAACUGUGUAUCAAGUUACUUGUUUGUUUCCAAUAUAUUUUUCUUUUCAAUGUUGUUCCUAAAUACAGAUUGUUUCCCUUCACACUCAGAAGAAUGAUACAGUGCAAUACCAACACAUAUUACUGAAUAAACAAAAUGUCAGUCAAUUAACGUGCUUGUUUUCCCCUUUUUCACAAGUAUAAUUCCCUUUGAUUAACGGUCAGCCACACACACACACACACACACACACACACACACAGAAGCAUUGCUGGUGUUUAAACAAACUAUGCUUUCCUUUUUUUUCGUUUGUGAAUGAAUGUGUGUGUGACUUAUAUUCUCUCGUUUUGCUUUCAGUCUUUUCUUUUCUUCUUUAGCUCAUCCUUUUCUCCCUCCGCACUUUUCCUUCCUUCACACACAGACACAUGCACACGCACAACGUAUUUAUCCUUUAAAACGAUGAAGAAAAACGGAGAAAUUUAUUACAUUCCGUAUACUCUGCGGUGAAAAAAAAAUAUAUAUAAUCUUACGCUUAGUAUCCAUUAUGCAUCUCUCUACUGUUGUGAAUGAUGCACACUCAAAUCUAUUGGUCACAUUUAAAAAGCGAGUCCCUUACUUUCUUUUGAUUCAUUUACUAAUAUUUAAGAACAUUUGUUAUUGUGUCUAAAGGUAAAAAUGCCUUCAAUGUUCUGUAUAGUGAACACGUACGGAUGCCAGUGGCCAAAAUAUAUGAAGUAAGUACGUAAUAUAGUACUGAUUAAUUUGUAGCCGUUCGUUAUUUGGCGGACGGAAAGAGGCGGCGAGUGUUUACUUCUGUCGACAAGUUUUAUUAUCGUCAGAACACUUACAGAGCAGCGAGGUUGAGUCAUGGAGAAGUCAUGUGAGCUCCCUGCACCAUCAUUACCGUCAAUAGCAAGUAUGUACCUCAUCUCCAUCCUUGCGCCACAUUUUUGUUGUUAUCUUCCGGAAUUGAGUAGUUACCCUCUCAGACCCGCACGUCAGCUUACGUUCUCUUCAAUAGUUUCCUGGUCCUGUCUAUCUUCUCGUUUUCUUCGAUUUCCCUUUAUUUCUCCCCCUCCUCUCCCCACCCUUCUUUUCUUCUACGUCGUUCUUUCCUUCUCUCCCUCCUCACUCAUCUCUAGCUGCAGUCUACGUACUUAAUAAUUGUUUUCUCUCUUAUUGUCCUAAUGUUAUUGAGCAACUUCCGCUUAGUUCCUCUGUGCUGGAGCAACGCAGAGGCAAUACAGUAACUCUAGGGGAGGGAUUAUAUUAUUUUAUUCCCCAGUCCCACACUUAUGUAAUCGCUACAUGAUAAAUAAAAGGAAAACUGUUCGAUAA